UUUAAAAUAAACGCUUCUUCAUCAAUUCUUAUUUCUAAAUAAAUUGUUAUAAACAUCAGAGAUUUGUCUCUGAUAAACAUAGUGAAAUUUAAACAAAUAUGCGAAAAUUCCAAAGAAUUAGUUGAGUAUAAUCGCAUUUGCAAAUAUUUGCAACAAAAUGUUUUCAUCACCCAGCAACGAAAGUUCUAAUCCGGGCGUUUAUAACAACAAUAAUAAUUUAAUUUCUAGCAGCUAUAUUUCAAACCAUGUAAACUUAAAGGCCGUCGAUGAAUUACCGGAGCAACAUCAAUCGACCUUUUCCAACUUCCAGUACUUCAAUGUAAUACAAUCGACUGUGUUCGACUCUCUGCUUUAUACAGAUGAGUCGAUUGUGGUUUCGGCACCCACAGGAUCGGGCAAGACCGUCAUUUUCGAAUUGGCUAUAAUCAACUUUUUAAAUCGACUGGCGUCGUUUAAUCAGCAGAUACCGUACAAAGUCAUUUAUGUUGCACCGGUCAAGGCGCUGUGCGAAGAACGACUGGUCGAUUGGUACACUAAGUUUUCGGCGUUAGGCCUGAGUUGCAUUUCCGUAACCGGCGACACCGACUACUACGACUUUAAAAGAUUGAUCACUCACAACUUCAUUAUUACGACGCCGGAAAAGUGGGACGUCCUGACGCGACGAUGGCGCGAUAACAGAAAUUUCAUUCCGUUCAUCAAGCUGUUUAUGAUCGACGAAGUGCAUAUACUAAAUGAUAAUCAACGCGGACCUACGGUCGAGGUGAUCAUUAGUCGGAUGAAAGCGAUCCACAAUGCGAUGGGCAGUACGGAGUACGGGUACGGUACGAUGAAUCUUAGAUUCAUCGCCGCAUCGGCUACUAUACCGAAUGUUGAAGAUGUAGCCGAGUGGCUUACCAUGCCAAUGAUUGGUGCAAAGGCGUUUAAAUUUGGGGAUGAUAUGCGACCCGUUAAGCUGAAAAAGGUUGUUUUGGGCUACAACUACAAUCCCUACCAUUCCAGCCCUUUUAAAUUUGAUAUCACAUUAAACUACAAACUGCAAUCGAUAAUUCUUCAGUAUGCCGAAGGCAAACCAACCUUGAUAUUUUGCAGCACGAGAAAAAAUGUCGAAAUGACGGCUACGUAUUUAACGCAGAAUUUAACAAUCAAUUUGCAACCGUCCCAGAGACAGGUGCUCGUCGACGCCUGCGCGAAUAUCACAGAGCCGAAAAUAAAGCAACUGCUCGCGCACGGCGUCAGCUUCCAUCACGCCGGACUUCUGGCUGAAGAUCGUAGGAUUGUGGAGAACUUGUUUCGUAACUCUAGUCUACCGAUUCUUGUUACGACGAGUACGCUUGCGAUGGGUAUAAAUCUACCCGCUCACCUUGUUAUCGUAAAGUCGACCAAACAUUACUCUAACGGCGAAUAUCAGGAUUGCAGCGAGAGUAUGUUGUUGCAAAUGAUUGGGAGAGCGGGAAGGCCGCAGUAUGAUACAACUGCCACUGCCGUGAUCCUGACAACUGCAUCUGAUAAGGCACGCUAUGAAAAUAUGCUUGGAGGUAGCCAAUCGGUCGAGUCAAGUUUACACACUCACUUAAUCGAGCAUGUGAACGCAGAGGUCGUAUUACACACGAUUACAGAUUUAGGCGUUGCGAUGGAGUGGUUAACUUCCACCUUUCUGUAUAUUCGUGCUAGGAAAAACCCCAAACAUUACGGAUUACCCGCCGGACUCAAUAGUGAUCAAAUAGACAACAAAUUAUUGGAAAUGUGCCAAGUGGAAAUCAAUCGGCUGUCGCGUUCGAAGAUGUUGACCAUCGACGAGGAUGUGAACAUUGCUCCCACACCGGUGGGAUCGCUUAUGGCAAAAUAUUACGUCGCCUUUGAUACCAUGAACCUUUUCACUAAGGUUACAGGGCACGAAGUUCUACAACAGAUUUUGGGGUUGAUAUCGAAAUGUAAAGAAUUUUCCGACAUGUAUCUGCGAGUGAAUGACAAGAAACCGUUGAACAUCUUGAACCAAUGCCAUGGAAGGCAAACAAUUCGAUUUCCAUUGAAUGGAAAAAUAAAAACGCUCGAUAUGAAGGUCAAUUGUAUAAUUCAAGCGGAGUUUGGAUGUCUGCACAUAGCCGAACCGUCACUAAUAAAUGAAUCGCAAAAAAUCAUGCGCAUCGGUGAGCGAGUGUCGAGCUGCUUGGCUGAGUAUUUAUCAUCGAGGCAUGGCUGCUUCUCUGCUCUACUGAGCGCGUUAACUUUGGUGAAGUGCUUUCGCGCAAGAUUGUGGGAAAACUCGCCGUACGUCAGUAAGCAGCUCAGCAAAAUAGGCAAUGCCUUCGCAACUGCGUUCGCGAAUGCUGAGAAGACCACAUUUCAGCAGUUACUCGCAGCAAAUCCGCGAGAUCUGGAAAGGAUAAUUAAUCGCAAGCCUCCGAUGGGUAACGUAAUACAGCAGCAAAUUGAACACUUACCCCAGUACUCUCUAAUCCUCACGAAGGAAGACAGUCACACUCAUCUUUCGGUACACUUGAAGAUUACCCUGGAAAACGCCCCCAUUCUCCACGACGAAUGUACCGUGCCUCAAGACAGCGUUAUGACUUUACUAAUUGGCGAUUCCAACAACGAUAUCGUACUAUUGAAACCCUUCAAACACAGCGAGUUUAUCGAAACUCCGUCAUUCGAAACGACUUUCGACUUUCCUAAAACCUACACCCAAGAAAUAAUGGCGCACUUCAUCAGUGAAGAUUGGGUCGGUAUCGAUUGCCAAACUCGUUUGGCUCUAUCCGCCAAUGUAACUCCUCCGAAGAACGCUACAGCCCCGAAAAAACCCGCACAGACACCAAAAAAGGUUGCGAAGCAAACCAAGCGAGCUUCUCACGUUCAGAUGCUGGUCGACUCCUACUUCAAAAAGUCGAAAAAUUGCAACAAGAAAAGCAAUUCAAACAGUAACACUAGUAAAACUAGUACACCAAGCGCUCAACUUGAGAAGCAAAGAAAUGAUAACCCAGUACCCUCUCCUGCCACAACCCUUUCCAUUGCCGAACCCGGUGAUCAGACGAGUUCAAUAUUUGACGAUGCCAAGAUUAAGUUUGCAACUCAGACGACCGUGCGAGAGAUAGUCGAAGAAUCAAAUAAGGAAUUCAUGCAACAAACCAGGAAGUGGUCCUCGGUGCCGUCUUACACGGACACUAUUCAGACCAAGCGAUCAAAGCCGCCUUCAUCAAGAUACGCAAAUAAGUUUUUCGAUUUUGAUCAAAUUGGUGAUUCGAAUGACAAUCUGUACUCUCUUAAAAAGCAAUAUGGGCACGGAACACCAAAACAGAUCGAGCACGCGCUUCCCGAUUCUUCCUCGUCACGUCCGGCGGAAUUCAAAACUGAACGUUUUUCGCAAGACAGCAUAGAGGAUUAUAUGAAAAACCUACCGAUGGACUUUCCCGAACCGUCGAGUGAUCCCGUAGACGCCCCUUUGCCGAAGAGUAUCUCGUGGCGGUCACCAUUGGUGAUAUCCCCGGUAGUUAAACAUCCCUCCAUUUAUGAUAGUGAAAUAGGACAGAGUCGCGGAGAGAAUGGUAAUCGGCCGUUUGUUGCGGACUCGUCAGGUGGGCUUAGGGAAAACGGUAAUGUGAAGAGAAUGAUUUCAUGCUCGCCCGCAAUUUCGGAUUGUGGAAGUUUGUUUUCACAACCGCAACCACGACCAACACUAAAGACUAAUAACCAAAGUAAGGGAUUUCCACUGUCAGAUAGGGAUUACCAGUUGCAUAUGACACAAAAAGAAUCGCAAGCAAAUUUAUCGCGAUCGUGCAACGGUUGGGAAGAUAUAAUCUCUUCGUCGUUAUUGGAAUCACUUCAAGGCAACUCCAAGAAGGUUACAUCGACAACGCCGAAAAGAACCACAGCCAAACGCAGUGUACCCGAGUAUUACAGUGGUACAGCGACCAGAGGCACAUGCUCCACGAAAACGCAAACAAGCGCUACGACUACCACAACUAACGCGGGCACGCAAACAAACCACUCGCUCGAAAUUGACAAUCACGACAGUCAACCUGACCUUACAGUCAAAGCACCGUCGAUUAAUUCCACCAUUUCAAGCGUGCUCGGCGACAUCGAAUCUCAACGGCAAAGCCCGAACAGGUCGCUGUACUCGGAUAAAAGCGAAGUAUUUAAUAACAAUUUAAUCGCGUAUAACUCCGCCCACAAUCCCCCUCGACAUCCCGUCAAAGAGGUGACAAAUCUCCCGCCUUUCUUUGAAUUGCCGAAGCGCGACAUAUUCGAUAACGGCCGGUGCUAUCCGUUAAAUUUACAACCGAUACCCGAGCUGGUCUGUCGCACCCAACCCGGCUUGCGGCCGUCGAAGAGGCGCAGUUUUACAAUACCCAACCAGAACAUCUUCGACGACCUGCCGAUGCAUAAUCACAGGUUCGUGGAUUUGCAGGAAGCGGGACCGAGCGGCAUGAAUUGUCAGGGUUACCCACCCUUUCCUCCUCCUACCUACAGUUACCCGUACACGAAUCCUGGUUGGCAUCAACUAUUCCCGCCCAUACCUACCAAAUACAGCUCAUUCAAUAUGUAUAACAAUUCCAAGCAGUAUAUGUUACAACAAUAUCUCAAUCCUUUUUAUGACAACAUGCAAGCCACCCACUAUGGGGAACAUAACGGACUUGGCCGGUUCGAAGAUAGUGACAGUGAUUAAAAUGUUUCAUGUCAAGAGCUAUUAAUUUAUUAUUCAGUUAGUUUUGUUAAGCAUAAAAUGUUCAUUUUAUUAUUUUGUUACAGUUUCUUAA